AUGUUGCGUGUAGAAGAGAUCCAAGAGGCAGAAGAAUUGUGGAUAAAAGAUACACAAGUGAUGGUGAAAGGAAGAAAUAGUUACUCUCAAAUAAAGACACAGCUUGCAGUGAUAGAAAUCAAUGGAAUCUUACACUGCCAAGGACGUCUUCAAAACACAACACUACCAGUUGAAAGCAAGUUUCCAAUACUGUUACCCCAGGAUAGCAGAUUUACAAGUUUGCUAAUUUCAGAGUGUCACAAGCGUACAGGACACGGGGGAGUAAAUACAACAUUAGCGGAAGUCAGAAGCAAGUUUUGGGUCUUAAAGGGACGCCAGGCUGUGAAGCAACAAUUACGUCAAUGUAUGGUUUGCAAUAAGCGAAAUGCAAAGCCAUGUGCACCACCUCAAUCUGGACAGCUACCAGCAGAGAGGGUGGUUCGAGGCAACCCGUUUAGUACAACCGGAGUUGACUUUGCAGGACCUAUAUAUUUGAAGAAUGAAGAGAAGGCAUAUGUUGCACUAUUCACAUGCGGCAUAACCCGUGCAGUACACUUAGAGCUCACAGAAGAUAUGACAGCCAAUGAAUUUAGAGGAAUGUUUCGAAGAUUCAUCAGCAGACGUGGAGCACCUGCUACAGUAAUAAGUGACAAUGCAAAAACAUUCCUUGCCACUGCAAAGCACUUGAAGAAGAUAUGUGUAGAGCAAGAAUUGCAGGAUUUUUUGUUGGCCAACCGCAUUGAUUGGCAUUUCAAUGUAGCUAAGGCACCGUGGCAAGGCGGCUUCUUUGAAAGAUUAGUUGGAAUAACCAAGACAGCAUUAUUCAAGACCAUGGGAAAGGCAAAACUAACCUUUAGAGAGCUGGAAAACAUGUUGAUAGAAGUUGAAGGAAUGAUAAAUAAUCGACCACUUACCUAUCAAACAUCAGAUUUAGAGGAAGAGCCCCUCACUCCAAAUCAUAUGAUUCAUGGUCAUCGACUAGCAAUGAUAGGGGAUGUCAAGCAUGACAACGAUGCAGAUUUUGAUGACAAGAACGUGAACAAGAGAAUGAAGUUCUUGAGAGCUAAGCUAGAGCAUGUAUGGAAUAGAUGGUCAAAGGAGUAUCUUUUAGGUCUUCGCGAAUAUCAUCGCACGACUAAAGGAGGAGAAGCAUUACCAGAGCUUGGAACUUUGGUAUUGAUCAUAGAUACUACCAUUGAACGACGUUUCUGGAAGUUAGCCAAAAUCUCCAGUUACAUAAAAGGAAGAGAUGAUGUAGUUCGAGCAGUAAGAUUAGAUGCGGUAUCUCAAGGACGGAAGAUUGUAAUGGAAAGACCACUUCAAGGAAUAUGCCCCUUAGAGAUAAAAGCACAAGUAGAAGAGCAAUAUACUCAGGAAAAGCAAGUUCAGGCAAAAGAAGUCAAGCCAAGAAGAGUAGCAGCUUUUGCAGCUGACGAAUUAUUGAAAGUACAUGCACAGUCAUUAAAUCAAGAGAUAUUUUACGACACCAGUACCAGCACCUGCACAAGCACCCAGUCCAGCACCAGCACCAGAAUCAACACCAGCUCCAGCACUAGUACCAGCACCAGCAACAGCAACAGCACCAUUACCAGCACCAGCGCCAUCGCAGGCACCGGAUCCAGCACAAGCACCAGCACCAGCACCAAUACCACCACCACCACCAGAAAAGGCACCAGCACAAGCACCAGCACCACCACCAGCACUAGCACCACCACCAGCACCAGCACCAGCCUAAGCACCAGGACAGGCUUAAGCGCCAGCACCAGAACCAACACCAGCACAAGCACUGGGUCAAACACAAGCACCAGCACCACCACCAGCAGUAGCACCAGCCUAAACACCAGCACCAACUCCAGCAUUGGGACAGGCACCAGCACAAACGCCAGCACCAGCCCAAGUAACGGCCAAAGCACAAGCAGCCGAAACAACACCAGCACCAGCUCAAGCACCAGCACCAGCACCAGCACAAGCACUUGCACUAACCCAAGUUUCCGCUACGAGUACCAGCACAAGCAACAGCACCAGAAUCAGUACCGGCACCAGUACAAGAAAGAGCAUAAACACCAGCACAAGAACCAGCACAAGCACCAGCAGAAGCGCCAGCACCGGCCCGGGCACCAUGACAAGCAACAGCACAAGCAGCAGAAGCAGCAAAAGCACUGGGAGCAGCACAAGCACCAACACCAGCACCAGCCUAAGCAGCAGCACCAACACCAGCAGCAACUCUAGAACCAGUACAGGCACCAGCACAAGCGCCAGUACCGGCCUAAGGACCAGCAUUAGCACCAGCACCAGCAUCAGCACCGACACCAGCACUUGCACCAGAUCCAGAACAAGCACCAUCAUCAG